ACUCGUAUGUAAUCCAAUGACGAACGCACACUGGUUAAAAGAUAUACCUCACAGUUGAAAGCCAAUCACGGGAUAUAAUUUAUAUCUCGGAAUAUAAUACAUAUUAUAUCCCAUAGUGAAAAGAGAGCUUUAGUCAACAAAGUUACAUUCGAUAAAACGUCGGAUAGAAUCUCUAAUCGCGAAUAUUAUGAUAAGAUAACGAAUGUCGAGUUUUCUAAAUUUCUACAUUUGAAUUUGCAACGUUCGUGAUGGUGUACAUAUAUAUAAAUAAAACAAGGAAAUUAAAUUAAUCGAGUGUUUACAAUCACUUAAUUCAAAGAAAUGAGUGUCGAUACAAAAGUUCAAAAUGACGGUAAAAUGCAAUUCGAAGCUGCAUUGGAUUGGGCAGGUUUUGGUCCGUACAGUUAUGUUUUGACGACUUUGGCUGGUUUUAUUAACAUCGCAUACAUGUGUGUUUGUUACGCGACCACUAUCAUCAUCCCUGCAAGCGCGUGUGAACUGGGCACAACCACCUCACAACAAGGAUAUAUAGCAUCGGGGCCAAGAUUCGGUGAAAUAACGGGUGCCAUUAUUGGUGGAUACUUGGGAGACAAGUUCGGACGGCGUCGGGUACUGCUCUUUGCGCUCAUCUCGUCGGCUGUACUCAACGGCAUCGCCAGCAUCUCCGUCAACUGGGUCAUGCUGUUGAUUGUGCAGUCCCUCGCAUCAUUUUGUUCUGCUGGUCAAUAUUCAUUAGCUAUGACAAUCCUCUGCGAGAGCGUUCCUAUGUGUAAAAGAAACGUACUGGUCUUGUGGGUCCUGAGCAUCUUGUGCUUGUCCCAAGGUAUUAUGGCAGUAAUCGCCAUACCAAUUAUUCCGCUACCGUUCUCAUUCUACCUUCCCGGCUUGGGCAUCUACUGGAACUCUUGGCGAACUCUACUCCUCGUCUACUCUACACCAAGUCUUCUAGCUGCUGUCUUGCUGUUCUUCAUGCAGGAGAGCCCAAAAUAUGUGUUUGCGAAAGGACAUGAAGAAGAAUCUAUAGACAUUAUAAAAACUAUACACAGAUGGAAUAACUGGAAACCAGCAGAAGAUUUUCAAAUAAAGAGUUUGACGUUGGAUGCUCUUGACGAACCGACGUCAAUAAAAGACCAGAUCGUGCCACUAUUUAAAGCACCCCUUCUCAAAUAUACUGUGAUCAUGACUACGCUGUAUCUGUUGCAACUAAUUACAGCGUUCGGAGUCUGGUUGCCGACAAUUGUCAAUCAGUUCAUGCAGAUCGUGGAGACAGGAGUAGGCACAGACAGGAGUCUAUGCAGCAUUAUCAGCGAUAGUGUAGAAGUGCCAAUUGAUCCAGACGUCGCACCGUGCGCCCUGAACGUAUCAUCACUUCUGUUGUUACUGUCAAUGGGUGCUCUGCAGUCGUUCCUUAACAUAUUGCUAAGUUUGGUGGUGAACAGAGUUGGCUACCGCAACAUGGCCAUAUGCUUUACAGUUGUGUGUGGAGUGUCAGGCAUCAUGGUGAACCUCAUAACCAACGCCUACGCUAGCGUCGUUUUCUUCAUGAUCUUCAUGGCUGGAGGGUUGCUUACGGGAAUGUACGUGGCCCUUACCGUUGCGUUGUUCCCCACUCAUCUCAGGGCGCUGGCCGUGGCUCUAACAUCGACUGGAGGAAGUAUUGGAAUGCUUGCUUCGGUACCGAUCCUCAACCGGCUGCUCGAGGUCAACUGCAGUGCUGGUUUUUAUACAUUCAGUAGCAUUUUUCUUUCAUCAGCGUUCAUAGCUGCGUUUUUACCUAAUGACAGUAGUUUAUUGAAAAAGAAACUGGAACAGAUUGAAAAAAGUACAAAAGAUGAAAAAUUAACACAGUGCACUUAGUUUUUAUUAUAGUGUAAAUUAAUGUUAUGUUGUAAAUAUAGUACAAUUAAGUUACUAUGUAAAUCUUUAUUUUGUUUAUUUAUGUAAAUAAUCGUGUAAUUAAAACAUGUAAUUUGUGAGAUUCUUUC